AUGUUGCGAAGAUCUUUUCAAGGCAGAGCGGGACUACAAAGUCGAAAAAUCAAGUUGUAUAAAACAAUUUUCAUGCAGGAUAAUGAUUCAUUUUCCUCGUUCUAUGCGCGACUUAGCGCUCAAACUGCACUGUGUAAUUGGCCGCUCGAUCAGGAAAGGGCGACGUUGAAGGAUUUGUUCAUUAGCCGCAUUCUCGAUGUGGAGGUUCAGCGGCAACUAAUCAGAGCGAAGAGUAAUCUUGAUGAUACGCUGCAAUUGGCAUUGGAGAAUGAGAAAGAGGCUAAGACCUCAGAACAAUUUCAGAAGCUACUCCCGCAUAACAACACUUCUUCCCACAAUACCAACUCUAUUCGAGUCAAGCAGGAACCGACUUCGUCAGCACAGCAAUUCAAGAAUCAAGGAACCAGCAGCCCUGGAGGAGGUGUCAACCGCCCUAAUCAACGUCAAAGUCAAAAUAAACCGUGUUAUUUUUGCGGUAACCCGUUUUCCUUCAAACACCGCCGGUCGUGUCCGGCCAGAGAAGCUACUUGCAAUGCUUGUAAAAAGAAGGGCCAUUUUGCUAUGGUGUGUAACACUACGAGGCGACGUGUUAACAUGGUACAACAUGAGGAGGUAUCUUCCGGUCAAGAGUGCAACCUAAUUGACGUAAACGGUGACAGUGAGCCGGAAUAUGGAGUCAUGGCAUUAGACGUUGUACAGAUUAACAAUGUAGAACUCUUUUUUCUAUGCUACGGUGGACACUGGCAGUCUCGUGUCUUUCUUGAACAAGAAAAAGGCGGAAAUACUAAUGAGGCGGCUUCCCAACGUUAA